UGCAGAGUUCCGUGGCAGAGCAGAGCAGAGCAAUACACUCGGGACUGUUGUGAAGAAGUUUGAAAGACUCUGAGUGAUUUUCACUUUACCAGACUUUAAGCUCUCUGAACUUUUUGACUGACAACUGGCUACUUUAUUUUCAAAUAUCUCGACACUUCAUCUUUUUUAUUUCAGGUGUUCGUCACCACUUUUAAGUCGCUUGAAUGUAUAACAUGAUGGAAACCGAGAUUAAAAGUCCCCUUCCGCAGUCCAACACGGGCUCGGCGGCGGGCGGCAAAAACAGCAGUGCCAACGACCAGGACCGGGUGAAGAGGCCCAUGAAUGCUUUCAUGGUGUGGUCUCGCGGUCAGCGGAGGAAGAUGGCACAGGAGAAUCCCAAAAUGCAUAACUCUGAGAUCAGCAAGCGUCUCGGUGCUGACUGGAAACUUUUGACUGAUGCCGAGAAGAGACCCUUCAUUGACGAAGCCAAGCGGUUACGAGCCAUGCACAUGAAGGAGCACCCGGAUUACAAAUACCGUCCCCGCAGGAAGACCAAGACCCUGUUGAAGAAAGACAAAUAUUCCUUGCCCGGCGGACUCUUGGCGCCAGGUGCCAACGCUAUGAACAACGCCGUGUCGGUGGGUCAACGGAUGGACUACUCGCACAUGAACGGGUGGACAAACAGCGCGUACUCCCUCAUGCAGGACCAGCUGGCCUACUCUCAGCAUCCCAGCAUGAACAGCCCCCAGAUUCAGCAGAUGCACAGGUACGACAUGGCGGGACUUCAGUACCCGAUGAUGUCCUCAGCUCAGACCUACAUGAACGCAGCUUCUACAUACAGCAUGUCACAAGCAUACACACAGCAAACCUCCAGCGCGAUGGGCUUGGGCUCCAUGUCUUCGGUGUGCAAGACGGAACCCAGCUCUCCUCCUCCGGCCAUAACCUCUCACUCUCAGCGUGCUUGUUUGGGAGACCUGAGGGAUAUGAUAAGCAUGUACCUGCCUCCCGGAGGAGAAGGCGCCGACCACGCUUCCCUACAGAACAGUCGGAUACACAGCGUUCAUCCGCACUAUCAAAGCGCUGGGACUGGCGUGAACGGAACACUACCCCUAACCCACAUUUGAAAGACUUAAAAAAAGACUAUAGAAGUACUUCGGAUACUUGAACAUUUUGAUUUGCAAAAAAGAAUCGAAGUUCAAUUUUGUUUUUAAAAAGAACUAUUUUUAAUCUCAACGAGCUGUCCGUUUUAAAGCAUUUUAUGACGACAUAUCGGGGACUUCAUUUUAAGUGUUGCGCCAACUGAAUGAAAUGAAUUGCAGAGGAGCUUUUUUAUCAUAAGCUGUAACGCAAUCUACUUCUGUAGAAGAAUAUGGACUUCUGACUUAUUUGCCGUCAGAGUUUGUCUCUAUAAAAACGGCACGUGGCUUCGUGAAGAGGCUGUAUUUCAAAAACAAAAAAUGAAAGUAAAGUGGAGGGGAGAGUAUGUUCACUCAUAAAUGUUUACACUUAUUUUUAGAAUGUCAGUUUUGUUGGCUGUGUCCAAAUCUGUGUAGUCUUUUUGUUCUUCGUUUAUGAACUAGGUUUUAUUCAAAUGGAAGACUGUGCUGGUCGCAAGCGCAAAGUUUGUUUUAUUUAUAGUAAGUUGUUUUAAAGCUUGUGAAACAUUGUACGUUUUGUUGAAAUGUUCUACUUUUGUUUUGUGAAUCUUUCUGUGAUGUUAUUGCAGUAUCAGGUUAACACAUUAUGGGGGACGGAAAGUUUUAUUUUAAACUUACGUUUCUACUUCAGACCAUCCUAUUCCUUAACGAAUAAAUUUGUUUUA